AAUGGCAUUGCUCUUAUUACAUGUUUCUCCCUCUGCAACUCUCUCUCUCUCUCUCUCACUCACUCUCUCUCUAGAAUUCAUCGUCGGUUGCUUAUUUUUCUUGUGCCUUUCACCACUCUGCUUGUACUUUUCUUCGACUCAACUGGCCGGCCAUCACAUAAACACUAAAUUAUAUCAGCUUUCAUUAAUCUUUUUAUUGUUCUAUAUUCAUAUAAAACAAAACUUCAUUAAUUUCUUUAAUUUCCCUGAUGAUCAACUCUUGCAAUUACUUUGUAUGUUCUCCUUCUCGAUUGCAAUCUUUUUUCAGAUUCAUUUUGAUUAUCUUGUUUGUUUGUUUGUUUGGAAAAUCUGAAUCAUGAAUUGGGUUCUUUUAUUUCAAGUUAUUUUAGUUCUUAUUUUUGUUUAACCUUUUAGGCAUAGAAAUACAUAAUUUAUGGACAAUUCAAAAGCACGUCAACAGAAGAAGGGGAGUUUAAUCCCCCUAUCAUUGUGUAAUACUUUAUGGUCUCGUGAUAAGUCCAGUAAAGAUUCGCGAUCAUCUGAUGGAAGCUCAAUCAAGAUUGAUAAAGAUGACGGUAUCAACGUGCAGGUUGUUCUGCGUUGCAGGCCAUUGAGUGAAGAUGAAAAGAGGGCAAAAAUGCCAGUGGCAAUUUCUUGUAACGAGCAUAAGCGCGAAGUGUCUGUUAUUAAAAAUGCAGCUAAUAAGCACUUAGACAAAUCCUUUGUGUUUGAUAAAGUAUUUGGUCCAAAAUCCCAGCAGAAGGACUUGUACGAACAAGCCAUUGCUCCAAUAGUCAAUGAAGCUCUCGAGGGCUAUAAUUGCACUAUCUUCGCGUACGGUCAGACAGGAACGGGGAAAACUUACACCAUGGAGGGAGAAGGAAGAAAGCAAAAGAGCGGAGAAUUUCACAACGCUGUCGGCAUGAUUCCAAGAGUGGUCCAACAAAUUUUUGAUACUCUUGAAGCUCAAAAUACCGAAUAUAGCAUGAAAGUUACGUUUCUAGAGCUCUACAAUGAGGAAAUAACCGAUCUUCUGGUCCCUGAUGAAGUCUCAAAAUCCUUAGAUGACAAGUCAAGGAAGCCAAUAGCCCUCAUGGAAGAUGGCAAGGGAGCGGUUUUCGUGAGAGGCCUAGAAGAGCAAGUAGUGUGCACUGCAGAUGAAAUUUACAAAAUCUUAGAGGAAGGUUCGGGAAGAAAGCAUACUGCAGAUACUCUUCUGAACAAACAAAGUAACCGCUCUCACUCAAUAUUUUCGAUUACAAUUCAUACUAAAGAGUGUAGUAUAGAGGGAAUUGAGCUGAUCAAGUGUGGAAAACUGAAUCUUGUCGAUCUUGCUGGUGCGGAGAAUAUAUUACGCUCUGGUGCAAGAGAGGAAAGAGCGAGGAGGGAAGCUGGGGAGAUCAAUAAAAGCUUGCUUACACUUGGUCGUGUCAUUAAUGCCCUAGUUGAUCAGUCUGUACAUGUUCCAUACCGGGAUAGCAAAUUAACAAGGUUAUUGAGAGAUUCAUUAGGAGGAAAAACAAAGACAUGCAUAAUCGCUACAAUAUCACCAUCUAUCUACUGGUUGGAAGAAACACUCAGCACUCUAGAAUAUGCAUACCGUGCCAAAAACAUCAAAAACAGACCAGAAGUAAAUCAAAAGCUGAUAAAGUCCGAGCUGAUCAAAGAUCUGUACACAGAGAUAGACCGUCUUAAGCAAGAGUUAUGUGCUACAAGGGAGAAGAAUGGCAUCUACAUUCCACGGGACCAUUACAUGAAUGAAGAAGCUGCUAAGAAGGCAAUGGCUCAGAAAAUAGAGCGCAUGGAAAUUGAUUCAGGUUGUAAAAACAAGGCAAGUAUAAAUUUUUUCGGGACUUUACUCUUUUUAAGUCACAAAUUUCAGUAGUAUGUUGAUAAAUUUAUAUCGCAGCAACUAAUGGAGCUUCAGGAGCUUUACAUUAAUCAGCAACAGUUAGUUGAAGAACUAAGCGAAAAACUUGAAAUUACUCAGAGAGAAUUUGAACAAACUGGACAAGCAAUACUUGAUCUAGAAGAAAGAUAUAGCCAAUCAAAUGAAAAAAUUAAAGAAAAGGACUACCUGAUUUUUAAUCUACUAGGAUCCGAGAAAGCAAUGACUGAAAAAGCAUUUGAGCUUCAUGCUGAGCUCGGGAAUGCAGCAUCAGGGGUAUCCAGCUUGCUUGCAGACAUUGAUCGCAAAAGUAAAGUGGAAGGCAGGAACAGAGUUCUAAUCCAGAACUUUCGCUCUCAACUAGAUCAGCAGCUUGAAGUUUUACAUGAAACUGUUGCCGCUUCUGUAACAGAACAAGAACAGCAACUGAAAGUAAUAGAAGAAGACACACAAUUGUUUGUAUCUACAAAGGCCACGGCUACUGAACAACUUAAAGCACAGCUUGGAGGGCUUAAAUCCAUGUAUGGUUCUAGUAUAAAACAUUUGAAUGAUUUAGCAGGAGAACUUGACGGAAAAUCACAGUUAGCUUUUGAUAAUCUAAACUUGGAAAUAUCAAAUCAUUCCAGUUCCCACAUGAAUCUUUUUAGAAAUAUUGCUUCAGAGGCAGAUUCUUUAAUCAAUAAGCUACAAAAUAACCUCAAUAAUCAAGAGGAAAAGAUUGCUGUCUUUGCGCAACACCAGCAUGAGGCUCACUCCAGAACGUUGCAGAUGACUCAAUCGAUUUCCAGUACUAUACUGAAUUUCUUUGAGAGUUUAAGCUUGCAUUUUUCAAAAUUGACACUUUUAAUGGAAGAAGCGUGCACAGUGAAUGACCAGGAACUCCAUGCACUUGAAAAGAAGCUCGAGGAGUAUGCUGUUAACGAAGAAAGGCAACUAUUGGAUAAAGUGGCAGAGAUGUUAGCUACUUCAACUGCUAGGAAAAUAAAGCUGGUUCAAACAGAGGUUGAUGGCGUUCGAGGGAGUGCCGCCAACAGAAUCAACAAUCUACAUCAGGAAAUGUCCAACAUCCAAGAUUCGACUAAUUCUGUCCAAGAAGAGUGGGAAACUUACACACAAAAGAUUUACGCCCAAUAUAUUGAGGACAGUACUGUAGUGGAAAGCGUGAAUGAUGGCCUAGAAGGCGUUAGACAUUGCAUGGAAAAGGCAAAUAUGGUUGCUGAACAUUGGAGGAAUGCUAAAGACUCCCUUCUUAGUCUUCAGAGAAGAAAUGUCGAUUCUAUGAACUCCAUUGUCGAGGGUGGAGUGGAAGCCAAUCAAGUGAUCCGUGCUCGGUUUUCUUCUGUUGCCUUGUCAACAAUGGAAGAAGAAAUCGCGACAAACAAGAGUUUUCUUUCCUCCAUUGAGGAUUUACUGAAACUUGAUCAAGAUGCAAGCAAGAAAAUCAAUUCCUUGAUUGCGACUUGUCGUGAGGGAGUGAGAGAAAUGGAAAUCACUCACUCCCACAAAACCAUAGAAAUCAUACAAAAUGCAGAGAAAUCUCUGGUUAAUGAAUACAGGGUGGAUGAUCAGCACUCACCAUCAGCACCACAGAAGCAACCAUUUAAUUUACCAUGCCCAACAUCAAUUGAAGAACUCAAAACUCCUCCAUUUGAGGACUUGUUAAAGUCAUUCUGGGCCACUAGAUCUAAAAAUCAACAACUAAAUGGUGAUGUAAAUAAAUCAUUAGGAUUAUCCGAAGCUGCUCAAUCCUUCCACUCCGAAUUUUAUGUCCCUGCUACUAAGUAAGUAGAAGGAACAAAUACACAAGAACACAAACUCGGAAACAACCUAUCUACAUGUAGAGGUGAGACUACGUAUAUUUGACUAGGCCCCUACAGUGAUAGAAGUCUAGUGUAUUGGGAUUGAGACUGCCCUUUAGAAUACAUGAUGUGGAAGUAUAACCAUAUCUUUCUAGAUUUUUGUAAGAUCUAUCUAAAUAAUUGGCGCCGGCGAUGUUUUUCUUUUUAGUGUAAUAGUUUUGCUAAAAUUUUUUAUCUUGCAAAAAUGAAAAUUGCGACUUACCACCUUUGUAUUCUUCAAGAUAUGAAUUCAACACUAUUACACAUUUGACAUUGGAAGUGAACCUAGGUUGUUUGUGUAUCACUUGCAAAUUCAACUCUGAUUAUUAAUCUUGGUAUUAUUACAUGGAUAAUAGAUUUUUUUUAUUUAAUAAUUUUUUUUGAUAAAUAAUAAAAUUUUAUUAAAAAAGUAUUAAGAUGAUACAAUGGAAAAUAAUAGAAGAAGAAACGAAGAAUCUUUCAUUAUAUCAGUGUCAAAGUAUAUGAGAUUUGUGUCAUUCGUCUUUAAAGUACGAAAUUUUUUGUAUCAUUUUGAUCUUCAAAGUAUGUUGCUAGCGGUCUCACAUCUACUAGGAACCAUUAAUUUCUCUUUCAUUUUUUUUUUUCCUAUUCCCCCCACAUUUUAGAAAUUUUGAAUUGCAAUAAAUAAUGAUAAUUUUUUCUCAACACAAGAUUUUAAAAAGUUUAAAUAUAUAUAUAUAUAUAUAUUUAAAUUCCUCAAAAGAGAUUUUUUUUCCCCCUAGAAGGAUAACAACAUAUGAAUUGUGGAUAUAAAAUUAUAGUUUUGUUUUUAAACCUUCAUGUUGGAAUUUUUCCCCCCACAAUUUAUAUGCCACAUCAAUUUCAAACAAUAUAGCAAUAACAUUGCUAUUAAAAUCACACAAAUGACAUCCGGAUGACUUAGGUAAAUCAUAGGAAUAUUGUGUAAGUUAACUGGCAUUAUAAUUUAAAUGUCCAUAUGUAGGUGUAGAUGUCCCUUUCUCAAGCACUAUGGUUUGUAAAUGACAUUUGGAUGAACCAGCUAGGUUUCAUUUUUGGAAAUAAAAAUAUUUGGUCUCUAAAAUGUUUACAUCAUACAUAAUUUGUUUUUCAUCAAUAAUUCGUUACACGAAUAAAAAAAUAAUAUUGACAUUUAUUUUAUAUUGAAAUGCAUAAUUUUUCCUUUUUUUACAAACAUCUAUAUUAAAUAAGUCAUUUUAGUCUUACUAAAAGAGAAGUUGAUAUAACUAUCCCAAACUUAUGAAAUUUUACCAUGCUUGGUUCUAAAAAAAUUGAGUUCACUUUACA